AUGCAAUGCCACCCUGGCUACAUGCUCGAGUCCAUCUUCCACAGCAACGCGCCCUCUUCGGCCAGCAUCACACUCCGGAUUGUCACAGGACUAUCAUCCAUUCUCCGCGCUGCCAGACCCUCUUUCCUGUCCUCACACCUCUAUCGCCCUUCCACCCUGCGCCCAACCGCAUACCUCGACGGUCUGCGCGGCUUCGCCGCCUUGCUCGUCUAUAUCCAGCACCAUGAGCUAUGGGCGCACCACGACGACAGUGUCAAGAAUCUAGCUGCCGUAUUCGAAAAUGCGUGGGGGUACGACGACAAUCACUACUUCGCGAUUCUACCCAUCGUCAGAAUCCUCUUCUGUGGUGGGCAUGUUGCAGUGGCGUGCUUCUAUGUGAUUUCGGGGUACGUGUUGACACAGAAGCCGCUUACAUAUAUUCUCAGCGGUGAAAAAGAGCGUCUGGGCGACAAUCUGGCUAGUGCGUUGUUUCGGCGCUGGCUGCGACUCUAUCUGCCGAUUGUGGGCACGACGGUGGUCUAUUUCACUGGCCUCCAUGUCACGGGCGUCAAGGGUGUCAUGGCGAAGAACGUGGACUCGUAUUGGGGUCAAGUCAGGGACUUCUGGACGGACUUUAGACAGUGGAGUUAUCUAUGGCGCACUGCGGAUCCGCCGUGGCUCACGUACAAUAUGCAUACGUGGAGCAUUCCGAUUGAGCUUAAGGGGUCUAUAGUGGUGUAUAUCCUCGCGCUAAGUACGAGCAACUUUACGCGCUCGAGUCGUUGGUGCGUAUAUGCGGCAAUGAUAUGCUACUUUCUGUGGAUGGUAGAUGGGUGGAGCAAUGCGUAUUUUGUCGCGGGUAUGGCGUUGGCAGAGAUGGAUCUGCAUGCUGCGGCGGACGACUUGCCACCGAUGUUUAGGAAAUUGGGAAAACACAAGAAGAAGUUGUUUUGCACAUUGUUUGUGCUUGGGUUGUUGCUUGCAGGCGCGCCGAGCAACUCCUUUGACAUGUUCUACUGGAAUAAGAGUCCCGGGUGGAGCUGGGUUAUUGACACCAGGCCAGCAGCGAUGAGCGAUGCAAAGUGGUGGCCGCUCUUUUUCGCAUCGACGUUAAUCGUGAUGUGCAUUCCGCGCAUAAGCGUCCUCAAAUCGUUCUUCGAAUCAAACUUCUGCCAGUAUCUUGGUCGAAUAUCGUAUGCCCUCUAUCUCCUACACGGUGCCAUCUUGACGACGAUCGCCAUGCGCCUUUAUGUCGCGACGGGUUUUGGCAAGGCCGGGCAAGAUGAUGUCGAAUUUCCAGGCUGGUACAACCGAUAUCCACUGUCAAACGCAGGGCCUCUGGGGUUGGAGAUCAACUUCCUGGCGUGCCAAGUCAUACUAUUGCCGUCAACUCUGUGGGCUGCGGAGCUGGGAACAAAGUUCAUCGAUGAGCCAGCCGUCAGAUUUGCACAGUGGAUUGGAAUCCAAAGCUUAGCUAUUAGUGGUACUUACCCGUGA